GCGGUGAUGAAGCGCCACAACACGAGUGGUGAAGACAAACGACGAUGGACAGCCUCAAUCCCGGCCAGAAAGUCGCGCUGUUCACAAGCGCGGGUGCCUUCGGCGGAGCCGCCAUCGGUUCCGUGGAAUCUGUAUGGCGCAUUCCUCGAUUGGGCCAGGAACUCCCCAGCUUUGCCAAGCAACUUCGCGGUAUCGGCGCCCGCUCGGUAGCGUUCGGGUCUGCGAGCUUUGUCUUUGCGGCAAGCGAGCAUUUCGCGCACUCGAUCCGUAGCCACGAUGAUGUGUGGAACCCUUUCAUUGGCGGUCUCGUGACGGGUAUCGUGCCUGCCGUGGUCAAGCAGAACGUGGUGUGGGGUUUGGGUGCUGGCGUUGCGAUCGGCACGGGUAUGGCCGUGUUGCAUUACUUUGAAAGCGGCGACGACAAGACAUCCCCUCUUGAGAAAUGGGCGAACCGUUAUGAUUAUCUCAAAAAGGACUAAGGAUCAAAUCAUCGUAUCAUUGACGACAACCCAA